UUUUAGUCUUGUUUCAUGCGCCACGUGUUCAGCAGCCGUACAGAAAGUUGUUGCUUCUUCUUCUCGUACACAAAACUUUUUCAAAGUGCGAUGGAUCCUUUGGGGCCAAACGACUCGGAGCAGGCUGCAACAACUAAGGAGAGGAGCAUCAUCAGCGGCGACAACCUGCAGUUUGGCAAAUUGCGGCGCCACGCUCGCUCGUCCCAGCCAGAGAAGACGGAAGACGAGCGCUUGAGCUCCUCUGUGGAGAUGAGCCGGAGUCCCGGCCUCCAGGCGGAGAGCGUGGCCAAGCCCCUCUCGUCCUCCCCCAGGAGCCCCAACACCAAACACUGGAACGUCCACCCCAAGCGCCCCCAGCAGGAGGGCGCCAAUGUCCCUACGGUGAAGUCGUCCGGCACGCCUCACCGGCGCUAUAGCAGAGGUCGCCAUCGCACCUCGUCUGAGACGGAGAAGGGCGGCAGAGGCAGCAGGGAGCCCAAGGCCAGGAAGAGGAGCGAGAACGCCAACAUGAGUGGACUGCAGUGUUUGGCCUCAGACAAAGUCUGGUUUGACAAGCAGCGCUACGACGAGGCCGAGAAGAACUUCUACGAAGGCGUGAAUGGACCGGCUACCAAGUUACAGGUGAAAAGUGGCGGGCAGCAGGCCAAAGGGCGCCCACAAAAGCGCCAGCACAGAAACUCGUCUUCACAUGCAGCUGGAGACCAGGAGCUGAUUGUACGCAUGAAGAGCCUGGAGCUGGAGAACCAGACUUUGCACAAAGUGGUGGGCGACAUGAGGGCGGCGCUGCACAAACUGGAGUCCAGAGUGGUCCAGCUGGAGAAGACCAACAUACCUGCAGCCAAGGUGGCGCCGGUCCAAACUGCUCCUGCCAAAAAGGUGGCGGUGCAAGAGGACGACGAUGACGACAUUGACUUGUUCGGCAGUGACGAGGAAGAUGAAGAGGCGGCUCGUCUGAAGCAGGAACGCGUGGAGGCGUACACUGCCAAGAAAGCCAAGAAGCCCGCCUUGAUCGCCAAGUCAUCCAUCUUGUUGGACGUCAAGCCCUGGGACGAUGAGACGGACAUGUCCAAGCUGGAGGAGUGUGUGCGCUCAGUGCAGGUGGACGGGCUCCUGUGGGGGGCGUCCAAGCUGGUGGCCGUAGGUUACGGCAUCAAGAAGCUGCAGAUCAACUGUGUGGUGGAGGACGACAAAGUGGGGACGGACAUCUUGGAGGAGGAGAUUACCAAGUUUGAGGACUUGGUCCAAAGUGUGGAUGUUGCUGCCUUCAAUAAGAUCUGAACAAAGUGCUGCUUGGUGGAACAUGAAAUUAUAUCAUUAAAUAUGCAAAUAUUUGACAAUA